AUGGCCUCGCUCGUGCUCGACGCCAGCGUCCCCGACGCCGACCCCGCAAGCCGCCCCAAGGUUGGCAAGUUCCGCAAACCCGUGCCGCCGACGUUUGACGAUCCCGUAGAGCGCAGGCAGUACUUCAAGGGCCGACUCGCGCUCGCCGCGCGCAUUAUGGAUGGCGAGGGGUGGGGAGUUGGGUGCAGCGUUGGACUGUCGUGUCGCGAUCCGAACCAGGCGGAUCUCGUCUGGGUCAUUCCCCGCGGCAAGCCUCUGCGCGCCAUGGGCAGUAUGGAUCUGAUUGGUGUGAGACUGGACGGCAGCAUUGCUCACCCGGUCGAGGGGAGAGAGCAGUGGACGUCUCUGCACCUCGUCAUCUACGCCGUUCGCCCGGACAUGGGCGGCAUUGCUACCGGUCACACGCCACACGCCCGCGUGUUCAGUUCGCGCCUGGAGCGCCCUAAGAUGUGCUGGCAGGACAGCUGCACGUUCUACAAGCGUAUUCAUCCGUUACCGUUUGAGCUGGCACUUGACCCAGUGUCGAACGCGGGCAAGAUUGCCGAGACAUUGGGAACGAACGGCAAGGGGCUCAUAUUGCAGCACAGGGGUCUUUUGCUGUGCUCGGCGACUAUCGAGGGCGCGCUCGGCUAUUACAUCCGCCUCGAGAACUUGCUCGGCGGACAGCUUCUCGUCGAGAGUGCGUGCAAGGGUCUCGGACAGGACAAGGACAAGGAGAUGAUUGAGAUUGGCGAGGAGGAGAUCCAGUUCACGUUCGACAACGUCGGGUCAGAGCAUCACGCGUGGAUGCUCGCCAUGCCGUACUACUCGCGGUACGAUCGGAAAACGGGCGGAGCGAUGAAGGUGUGA